CUUAGCUUCAAGAAGCAUGGAAAUCAGCUCUUAAACAUUUGCCUCUAAACAUACAUAUGCCUUUUUACAAAAAUAACUAUUCAGAAGUAAAAUCAGUUUGGAAUAAACACAAAGCUAUUUCUGUCUGGUUUGUUAACUAGCUGUCUAGCUAUCAGUAGUGAGGACAGUACAGUAAAAAGGCAUGCUAUAUCAAAGCAAGAUACAAAGCUGCAUUGUAUAGUAAAAAGGCAGGCUAUAUCAGGGGAAGAUACAGAGCUGCAUUGUAAAGUAAAAAGCAUGCUAUAUCAAGGGAAGAUAUAGGAGCUGCAUUGAAAAGUGAGAAGCAAUAACAAGCAAGAUACAAAGGCUGCAUUUUAAAGUAAAAAACAGUAAAUAACAAGCAAACAUACAAGACCUGCAAUUUAAAGUGAAAGGCAGUAAAAAUAAUUUGCACAAGAACUGCAUUUAAAAUAUUGCACUACUUUAACCUGAUCACUAUGAACCAAGAUAAGAGUGUUGAUAUGACGCAGCAAACUUUAGAGACCAGAUCCUAUGCCUCUGGCUCUAAAUAUUCCAUGCGCUCCAGCAGAUCAUCAGUCAGUUCUGCAGGAUUCAGAGCCCGUGCUAAAGCGCAAACAGCCCAGGCACAAAUUUCUUAUGCUGAAAAAGAAGCAGACAUGAUAAAGCUGAAAGCAGCAAUAGAAGCAGAGGCAGCUAGGCACAAGGCAGAGUUAGAAGAGAAUAUGCAUGUGCUAAAGAUUCAAAGGGCAGCAGUUGCAGCAUCUGCUGAAGCAGCAGUCUAUGAAGCAGCAGCUGAACUAGAAGAGGAACCACUUCAAGAUUUUGCAGAAAUAACUACCCAUAAUUCAGUACAAAGGACUCAUGAGUAUGUACAGAACCAUGCUCUGGAUCAAGAUAAAACAGAGCAUGCUCCUAUCCAACAUAUGUCCAGCAUAAUGCCACAGUUUCCUGACUCAACAUAUUUACAGUCCACUCCAAGUAUUACUGACUUGCACCCUCCUUCCCAGACUGACACUGCAAAUGUCUCAACACCAAGGGUGCGCUUUCAAGAAAGCAGAGGCUAUGCUGAUCCACAACAUCCAUCACAUUAUAUGGACUCUCACAUAUCCCCUCUCAGAAAUAGCACAUUAGGAACUUCAGAGACUACUGACCUAGCAAAGCACCUGAUUCGUCGAGAGUUAGUGAGUACAGGGCUACUAACAUUUGAUGAUCGACCAGAGAACUACUGGGCAUGGAAGACAUCAUUCCAAGGUGUCACCAGAGAUCUUAAUCUUACAGCCAGAGAAGAGCUAGAUCUUUUGACUAAGUGGCUUGGACCAGAAUCAUCUCAACAGGCUAAGAGAAUCAGGUCAGUGCAUGUUCAUAACCCAAUUGAUGGAGUUAAAAUGGUAUGGCAGAGACUAGAAGAAUGUUAUGGCAGCCCUGAAGCUAUUGAGAAUGCACUGUUAAUGAAGCUAGAAAACUUCCCCAAAAUCUCAAACAAAGACAACAUAAAGUUAAGAGAACUUUGUGACAUGUUGGCGGUGAAUGCAGCUAAGACAGGAGGCUUUUUGUCAGGACUGGCAUACCUAGACACAGCUCGUGGCAUCAGACCAAUUAUUGAAAAACUGCCAUAUAGCCUGCAAGAAAAGUGUUUUUUUCAAGGUUCCAAGUACAAAGAAGACCAUCAUGUCUCCUUUCCACCAUUCAGUUUCUUCACCAGAUUUAUUGUCAACCAAGCAAAGACCAGAAAUGAUCCAAGCUUCAUAUUCUCAACAUGCAGCAACCAAUUUCCAGUAAAUACAGAGAAGUCAGGAACAAGGUACAGCAACAGACCAACGGUGUCAGUAAGAAAGACAGAAGUGUCAGCUACUAAUGCAACUCCACAAGUGAAAAGCCCUUCUUGGAAAUCCAUGGAAUCAGACAGUCCAUGUCCAAUUCAUAAUAAACCACACCCACUGUCAUAGUG